GUACCAACACCAAUCGCUAUGGGUAAGAAGCAGGGAGGUGUGAACACCAAGGUUGAAGCGGCUAAGGCCAAAAAGGCCGCCGCUAAGGCUGGCAAGGACGCCGUCAAGGCUGCUGCGGACGCCGCUGCCGAGUCCGCGGAAUGGGCUAAGGGAUCGGACGCGCGCGCUGACAAGCGUCGCCAGGAGGAGGAGCGCAAGCGCGCCGAGCAGGAGGCUAAGAAGGCCGAAAAACAGAAGCUAUUGGCGCUGGAGGAGCACGCGUUGGAUGAGGAUAAGCACGCCAUCCGCAAACAGAAGAAGACGGUCAAAGAGGUGGCCAAGCCCUGGGAGGACGCACUUAAGCCCGCAGUCAAGAAGAACAAUCGCGGGGCCAAGAAGCCCUCAGCCUUCGCGGCGCUUCAAAACAACGGAGGCGCCAGUGAAAAGCUCACGCAGGCUGAGAUGGCGGCGCUUAGAGAAGCCGAGGAGGCUCGCACAGCCCGAAACCCCGGUAAGAAGGCCAUUAAGUUCGAGAACAACUUCCAAGCCAAUAGAAACAGGAACCAGGAUGAGCCCUCGGAUGCGCGCAGUUUGGACGCGGCGCUCGAUUUACUUAGUGUGGGCGACAAGGAAUUGGAGAAGCAUCCCGAACGCAGAGCGAAGGCCGCCUACAAGGCCUUUGAGGAAGUUAUGAUGCCUCAGGUCAAGGAGGACUUCCCGGGAUUGAAGUUGUCGCAGUACAAGCAAAAGCUUAGCGAGAUGGUAAGACUGCGGCUAUUAUUUCUUUUGUGCAUUGCUGACAGGUGUUUUUUGGCGUACAACGCUAAAAAGCCUUAG